GGGAGGGCGAAAUAUGGAUCUGGACGCAGUUUUGUAGCUUGCUGGAGGUUCUUUUUUAUUUUCCGUACUUAUGGCGGAACUUUUUGGAGCUGACAAUGCCUAGAAAAGGGAAUGGACAGUUGCCGUUACCGGACGGCUGGGAACAGGCGACGGAUUACGACGGCAAAGUAUUUUAUAUAGACCACAAUACCAAGCAAACCAGCUGGAUUGACCCUAGGGACAGGAUAACGAAGCCGCUGUCAUUCGCUGACUGCGUGGGUGACGAGUUGCCAUGGGGCUGGGAGGCGUCGUACGACCCCCAGGUGGGAACCUACUACAUCGACCAUAUCAACAUGAGCACGCAGCUGGAGGACCCGCGGAAGGCGUGGCGUGGGGAGCAGGAGCGCAUGCUGAAGGAGUACCUGACGGUGGCGCAGGACGCGCUCAGCGCGCAGAAGGAGCUGUACCAGGUCAAAGAGCAGCGGCUCGCCCUCGCCCUGGACGAGUACGUGCGCCUCAACGACGCCUACAAGGAGAAGUCCAGCUCGCGCACCAGCUUAUUCUCAGGAUCAUCCUCAAGCACGAAGUAUGACCCUGACAUCUUAAAGGCUGAGAUCUCCACUACUAAAGUCAGGGUACAUAAGCUGAAGAGGGAGUUGUUACAGAUGAGACAAGAACUUCUCUACAAAGAGCAGGGCUUUGAAACCUUGCAACAGAUUGACCAAAAAAUGUCGGGAGACCAGAGCGGUUACCGGCUGAAGGAGGCCCAGGCCAUCGUGAGCGAGCUCAAGUCCCUCCGCAAGGCCAUCAGCUCCGGGGAGAAGGAGAAGCAGGACCUCAUGCAGUGUUUGUUCAAACUGAAGGAGCGGUUUUACGCUGGACAGAAUAUGGGUCGCUCAGAACCCGACCUGCGGAACACGGCAGGUUCUCAGCCAUCACUCUCCAGACAGACGCUGGACGCUGGAUCGCAGACGGACGUCUCUGGAGAGGCUGGUUUGAGGAGUAGGUCCUCUGUGGCUGAGAAGGUCAGAUUGAGCCUACAGUAUGAAGAGGCCAAAAGAAGCAUGGCGAAUGUGAAGAUCGAGCUGGCCAAGCUGGAGGGCGAGUGCUGGCCGGUGGGCGCGGUGGACGCGGAGCGGGAGCGGCUGCUGCUGCUGAGCGAGAAGGAGGAGCUGCUCAAGGAGCUGCAGUUCGUGUGGCCGCGGCGACGCUCGGCCACCGAGCUCCACCGCCUGGACCAGGAGCGCUCACGCCUCGAGGAGGACCUGCAGAGCCUCAGGGCGGCGCCGCCCAGCCAGGCCCUGGCACAGAGGCUGAAAAUUCAGGAGAGGCGGCGGGUUCUGAUGCAGAGGUUGGCAGAAUCUACAAGGUUGGCCACGAUGCUCCAAUCACAGCUCAAAAGUCUGUCGGCCAGCACGCUGUCGGUGUCGUCGGGCAGCAGCCUGGGCUCGCUGGCGUCCAGUCGCGGCUCCCUCAACACGUCCAGCAGCCGCGGCUCGCUCAACUCCCUGAGCUCCGGCGACCUGUUCUACAGCCAGUCGGACGCCGCCGCCGCCAGCGCCGCCGACUUGGACUACCAGUACAAGCUGGACCUGCUGCUCCAGGACCAGCCUCCGUCCGCGUACGGCCCGCCGGGGCCCAUCACCACCAUCCACGAGCACGAGGUGUCCAAGACGCCCUCGGCCGCGUCGUCAUCCUCCUCCUCCAGGGGACCUCCGUUCUCCGCGGGGCCCGGCGGCCCGCUGUCCCUCUCGGCCAACCUGCAGGCGGCGGACGGCGGCUCGGUCCCGGCGCACUGCGUGGUGGCGUCCACCAAGCCGCCGGCCGAGCCGUCCAAGUCGGUCACGUCGCUGUCGUCGCGCUCGUCGCUGUCGUCGCUGUCGCCACCCGGCUCGCCGCUGGUGGUGGACGGGGCCUUCCUCCACCCCUCGGUGCAGGACAUCUCCGCCGGACAGGACUACGGGGAAGGGGAGCUGCCGGCGGACUUCGCCGGGCUGGGCUUCUACGACAGAGCGCUGGUGUUUGACCCCGACUCUGAGGACAAGGAGACCGGAGAGGGCGUCAGGAGGGUCCCCCUGACCACCUUACAGGAAGGAGUGACGGAUGUCGAGUUUGCGCGUCACUCUGCAGACUCUUUGGAGGACAAGCCGGCGUGUGUGUCUGCUGCUGUGUCAGACGAGUCGGUGGCUGGCGACAGUGGCGUGUAUGAAGCGUCAGUCAAACGGUCAAAUGAAGUGGAAGACCCUGUAUAUAUUGAGGACGAGCCAAUUCUACCUGAGACGGCCCAAGUUCAGAUGGGAAUGAAGUACGAUGCAGCCACCUCCAGCUUCAUCAUGUUGCUGAUGCAGCUGCAGAACGUCGCCGCCCUGCUGGUGCCUCUGGCCACCACUAAAGUGUACCUGCGGGUGGCGCUGCUUCCCUCCUCCAGCGACGUCAGCUGCCUGUUCCGCACGCGGGUGCAGCCGCUGUCCCAGCCGCUGGUGCUCAACGAGGUGUUCCGCGCCCAGGCCCCGCAGAUGGUGCUCCGCCUCAAGACGCUGCGCAUCGACGCCUGCGUCGUGGGCCACACACUCCGCGAGGAGUGCCUGGCAGGAGUGCAGGUCUCUCUGGGUGACGUGUCUCUGACGGGGACCAUGAGUAAUGUCUGGUACAGCCUGCUGCCCCGCAGGAGAGCCAGCAAGGAGUGCACCCCUCCGCCCCUGGACCUGGAUGCGGUGUCGGCCUUGCUGCAGAGGACCUCUAGUGAAUUGGAGGCUGUUGAACAGGAGCUGGCCCAUGAGGAGAGCCUGGGGGACAAAUGGUUGGCCAUGCUGGAAGAGCCUACCUCAGAGCUGAUUCUAGGAGAGGAAGUGGAGGAGCAGGAGCAGGAGGAGGAAGAGGAGGAGGAGGAGGAGGGAGAUGAAGAGGAGGAAGAAGCAGACGGCGAGGAGGUGAAGGCCUGUGCAGAAGAGUCUGCUGGAGAGUGUGUGUGUGACAAGCAGGUGGGGGGCAGAGAGCAGAGGUUGGAGGAUGUGGAAGAGGGCAGCCGAGGAGGUGGGGAAGGCCAACUUCCUGCAGCGGCCGAAGGGCCCGAACUGGUGGACAAAGAGACCAACACGGAGGCGGCGCUGCGCGAGGGGGUGGCGGUGCGGCCCAAGGAGAGGUCGUGCCUCGGCCCGCGCCAGCAGAGGGGCUUCGUCAGGAACAGCCUGAUCCUGCGCUCACAGACCUUCUCCCCGGGAGAGCGCAGCCAGUACAUCUGCAGGCUGAACCGGAGCGAUAGUGACAGCUCCACGUUAUCCAAAAGAUCGCCGUUUAUCCGCAAUGCUUCCGAGCGCCGGAGUCUACGAGUCAAGCGGACGCUGUGCCAGCCGGCGGUGCGUGGCGGAGGCAUGGCGGGUUCGACCCAGACGACGCGCACCUCCCUGGACCUGGAGCUGGACCUGCAGGCGUCGCGCACGCGGCAGAGCCGGCUCAACGCCGAGCUGCAGACGCUGCGGGAGCUGCGGGCGCGCAUGGAGGCGCUGCGGGACGGCGGCACGGACGCACACACGCCAGCGGGGGCCCAGAGCUGCGGCGCGCUCGCCGCCACCGUGCUGCAGGACCAGCACUUCCACAGCCUGCUGCAGCAGGCCGAGAGACAGGCCGAGCUCUCUAAGGAGGAGCAGAGGCAGGAGCUGAAGGCGGAGAAGCUGAUGCGAAGGGCCUCCAAGGACGUGUGCCGCCUACGCGAGCAGAGCCAAAAGGUCCCCCUGCAGGUGCAGUCGUUCAGGGAGAGGAUGGCCUACUUCACACGAGCAAAGAUUAAUAUACCCUCCUUGCCAGCUGAUGAUGUAUAAUCAUACUUAACAGCAAACAAUGAAGUAUUUGUAUGACUUUAUAUAGUAUUUUAAUAAUGUAACCUGUUGAAAAAUGAAAACUGUAAAAAAAAUAUAGAUUUUCACAAUUUAGGUUAAUGUAUUUGUAUAAAAAAACAAAAAGUUGGUAUUGAUUUUGUUUUUAAUGAAAAUAUUUUUUUUUUCUCAGAGAAAACCAAAGUAGGGUCAUUUUGGUUGAUGUAUUUGCUAAGUCAUGAUGAGCCUGUACAGUUUUGUAAAGUGAGUGUGUGCGCGCGUUACUAAGGAGUCGGUGUGUGUGCUCACGUUAGUAAGGGGUCAGAUGAGAGCAUUGAGGAAAGAGUGAAGGAACAAGAAAUGUGACGUCACUUCAGGUCCUCGUACGUACGUGUGUGGGAGUGUGUGUGUGUACACGCACGUGGCGACAGUGCGUGUUUGCAUGUCUAUCUCUUGUUGGUCACCUUAAACAGGGACUUUUAGUCUCAGUGAUAAGUGAUUUAGUGUGCGUGGAGAGAGAGAGAGUGCUAAAGAGAGAGGGAGGGAGAGAAAGAGAGAGAGAAAGAGAGAGAUGUGUGUUUAAAGCCGGUGCUCCACUUUGGUCUUUGUGUUCUGAUCCAACACAACCUUGCUCUUUUGAAUGUAAGCAGUCAUUUUUCCCUUAUCUUAUUUUACUGCACUGAUUCCUGCCUCUCCCUCUCUCACUCUUGGUUUAAACUGUGGCAGUCAGUAUUGUUCCGUGGUAGUGACAUGCUAUUUACAUCAGCAUCAGCACAGUUCCCCGCGGAUCUAACCCCCUAUCCACCCCCCCACCCACAAGCGCUUUUUGAUCAAAUCCAAGGGAAGCAGCUCUGUUCAGUGUUUAAAGGCCUGCUCAUACUAGAUGUGAGACAUGAAAUGGGACUCUCAAGGCUCCUUGGCCAAAUGAAGGAUUUUUUUUUUUUUUUUUUUUUUUAAAGGUCUCUAGCCCCCACAAGUAUUUUUUUUUCUUUCUUUUCUUUGACAGUAACAUCAGCGAUGCUGUACCUUUUGUGACGGUUUAUCUCUCUCUUUUUAACGGUUGUCAUGCAACACAUCUCUAAAAGCUGUCAGUGUUUUGUCAAGAAAACUGUGUAGGAAAUGUUCCAGUCGUCGAGCUGGGAGUGAACAGGAUCGGUAUUCGUCUUUGAGAAAUUGAAAAGUGUCCGUUCCCCUUAGGUGAGCAAGAAUAUACACAUGUUACUUCCGACUCACCAAGUUGGGGAAAGCCAAUGUGAACUUACAACAGAAGCCUCGUCUGUAAUAGUACUUCGGUUGGCAUUUGUGUUCUGCUAGUCUGAGCUGGAAGAGUCAAGCAUAGCACUGCUUUUGCCUCAGGUUCACUGAGGCUCAGAUACCAAUCCUGAUGAUGUGUUUGAUCUCGCUGUUGCCAGAAAUGCAGCUUUUAUGAAUUCUGAAUAAUGUUCUUCAGCACCUAUGCCCCAACAAUGCCCAUAUUUUUUUGUUUAUUUAUUUCCUAGUCAUGUCUUAUUUAUGUUUGUUUGUUUGUUUGUUCAUUCAGUUUUACUUUUUUCCCUCAAAUUGGUCUCUUUUGGUCCAAAUUGGUUCCUUUUCUGUAAUUGUACAUUCUUUCAGAGGCAGAUUUGGCAGCUAAUGCAUGCAGGGAAUGUUAUGUAUGCAUUUCUGAAAGGCUUUGCUCGUCAGCUUUCCAUGUGUGGGCAGUGCAGUGAUGGGGGCUGAUUCAAACAGGAUCGACACGAGUGGUUGGAAUGCACAAGAACGAGUCCUUGGAGAUUUAAGAGAUGAAACUCUCCGAAUCGAAGUGGUCAGGGCACCAUGCUGUGUAUUCAGUGUAUGCUGUUUCAUAGGCUACGCAAGCAACACGGACACAGUUGACAACGCAAAGCUUAUGCAUGUUUUGAAGUGCCUUAUCAUAGUCUGCGCAAGCUGUGUGGACAAUGAACCCCUGUGGCCUGUGUAUUUCAUAGCGAGACACCAAAAUAGAUGCUUGAAAGUCGCAACCUGACGUCCAAUAAUUAUGAAGUACUUAAACAUUAAAGCAUAGUCAUGUGUACUGUAUAACAACAUAUAAAGUUGUAGAGGUGUAUAACACCUACAAACUUAAUAGCUUCCCACAAACAUGAUCAACCAAAACCUAAUAAAAAUAAACAUUGCGCUUAACAUAAUAAUCCCUGAAAUAUAACAUCCCACAAAUGUAAUAACUGCCUCUUUUUUUUUAAACAUAAAUGUAUAAUUGUAAUAAUUAUUUAAAAAGCCGUAAUCAUGAUUUUAAAAAGUUAUUACAUUAGCUUCCCACAAAUGCAAUAAUGGAUUUAGUGAACGUGUUACAGAAGUGAAUCCAUGGAUGCAAUAGACUCCAAGUCUGCCUGUGGAAGUACAAGUUUGGGUCCCAUCACGUGAUCCAUACUGUUGUUUAAGCUAAAUGUACAAAAGUGUUUUUGCAAUGUUUGUUGCUUGGUUUCUGUUGUUCUGUUCUUUUCAUAACAGACAAUGUUCUUUUUAAGAUGUACGCAUGAUCCAUGAAGAUGUAUCAAUCCAUUUCUAGAUUUUUUUUGUUGUUGGUUUCUUCUCUCUUUUUUUUACAAUAUUUAAUGAAAUCUCACAUUUGUAAAUAUUUGUAUUACUUUUGCAUAUCAAAUUCAAAAUCAAAUUUACAGAGUGUUGUAAUGUAUUUGCUCUCUUGAAACAUUGGAAUUUUUUCAAAUGAUUGUGUUAGAGAAUGUCCACUAUUAGGAACUAGCCACUGUAAGAAGGUAUAAUGCUUAUGAACCAAUGAACUUGAUUUUGUUAUACCCAUUUCCGUGCAAAGUAGAAAUGGUCGGAAUUUAAACCAGUGACUGCCCCGUGUGUGUGUGUGUGCGUGCGUGCGUGCGUGUGUUGGUGUGUGUGUGUGUGUGUGUGUGUUGGUGUGUAUGUGAGAGAAAGUGUGUUGGUGUGUAUGUGAGAGAGAGUAAGAGAGUGAUUGAUUGCAAGUAUUUCCUGUACCUGUGUACCACCUGUGGCCAAUAGGACGGGCUCACAGACGUGACUGGACAGUGUCUCCUCCUCUCAGCAGUUUGUAUGUGUUCCUGUGAUUGGUUUAAAAAUGAU